AUGAAAAAAUACUACGAUAAGCAAAGAAAAGAAGUUCCGGAGUUGAAGGUGGGGAUGAAGGUGUACAUAGAGGGGGACAAUAUCGAGACGGACAGGCCUUCGAAGAAGAUGAGCGACAAGAGAUUGGGGCCAUACAAGGUACUGGAGAAGGUUGGAGCGGCCGCAUGGAAGCUGGAUUUGCCGGAUACGGACCGAAGACACCCCGUGUUCAACGAGUCACUGUUGACGCCCUAUCACAAACCACCCCCCCAUCGCCAAGAGAAGAGACCCGUAGCCAGGAUGAUCGGAGGAGCAGAAGAGUGGGAAGUCGAAGAGAUUGUGAAAGAACGGAAAGUCGGCCGAGGGAAACAGUACUUGGUCAAAUGGAAGGGAUGGCCACAUAGCAAGAACACCUGGGAACCAUCACGUCACCUUACCCACGCAAAGAGAGUCCUGAGAGAUUGGCAGAGGAAACAAUCCAACCCAGACACACGCAUUCGCCUCCUGCCAACGCUCAAAACUGGACACUGGGAUUAUCUCAUUCAUCGCUAUAAACCCAGAGACGAACGACUUCCAUACCCCCAACGACAACUCUUCGACCCUUACAAGAACAUCUUCACGCCCAUUGGCCUAGUCAAUGAGGACAUCGACCCUAGAGAGGGGGUAAUGUCAUAG